UUCUCGUACAAGUUAUCCUGGACCCGUUACCUAAAGCUAGACUAGUAGCGACAGUAAGACGUCGGCUGACGUCCUUGAGGAUCUGUGACAAAGAAGUUAUAAUUCUCCAUUCUUGAAUAUCCUAAAGACAAAAGAUAUUUCUUUGCUAUCGUUCAUUCGUUGUCUGUACACAAAAAGGAAUUAUAUCUUUAACUGUACAAUUUGUACGGCAAUAUGUCUUCCUUCAGAGAAACUUUGUGGAGGAAACGGGCUUCUUUUAAUACACCACCUCUUGCUACACCACCAUUUUACUACAUCCCCCAUAAUAACGAUUGACCAUUCUGCCGCAACAUGUCAUUGGGCGAAAGGUGCAAGAUUGUCGCUCUAAGACUUUGUGUAAUCAUUAACCAGGUUUGUAUGGUCUACGUAGUAAGCAAAGGGGCGUAACGUUACCAAAAGCUUGCCUUUUAUUAGUUCCUGAGCGCUGGCGUUUGUCUACGCCUCUCAUAGAACUGCUAAUCCAAGUUUAACAGUUCCAAACGUUCACAAAACUAUGCUUGUUGUUAGGCAUAGCACUUUUAAACAUAACCAGGAAAUAUUUUUUAAAGUUCUGAAUUUCUGACACGGCCCAUGAUGAAUGCCUUUGUUGUGACCUCGGUUAAGGGUCACGCCCUGCUGUAAUAACCUAUAUUUAGAGUUUGCCCCUCAGAACGCUUAGUCGGACGUCGUGGUCUUUGAACCAGCAGUAGGCGUUGUCCCGUCUAAAAAACACCCAGCUUAAGAUGUCAGGUACCAUGCUGUCCCUACUCACCACUUCGCUAUUGCUAGGGUUCACGUGCGGUGCCGUGUACGACUAUGGCGCGUACAACCGAACCAGAGACAACUUUAGACCUGGUACGUUUCCUGACGACUUCAUCUGGAGCACGGCCACGGCGUCCUACCAGAUCGAGGGCGCCUGGAACGUUGACGGCAAAGGUGAGUCCAUCUGGGACAGGUUCUCCCAUACACCUGGUAAGGUAGACCGUGGGGACACUGGAGACGUGGCCUGUGACAGCUACAACAAGUACCGAGAAGACGUGCAGCUCAUGAAGGCCAUGGGUCUGAAGUACUACCGCUUCUCUCUGUCAUGGCCGAGAAUCUUUCCCGACGGUACUGUAGCGGGCGGUGUCAAUCAAGCUGGAGUCGACUACUACAAUAACGUCAUCGACGAACUGCUCGCGAACGGCAUCACCCCGAUGGUGACACUUUACCACUGGGACCUCCCGCAGGCCCUACAGGACAGGUACGGAGGAUGGGUGAACGAGGAGCUCGUACGACACUUCAACGACUACGCGGAUUUCGUGUUCCAGACUUUCGGGGACAGAGUGACGUACUGGAUCACGUUUAACGAGCCCUGGGUGGUGUGUUUUCUUGGGUACGGGACAGGAGGGAACGCUCCCGGCAUACAGGACUCAGGGAACUCCACCUACCUCUGCGGACACACCAUCUUAAAGGCUCACGCGGAGGCGUGGCACACAUACGAUACCACUUAUCGACGAAGCCAGCAAGGACAGAUCAGCAUAACUCUGAACUGUGACUGGCCGGAGCCCCGUGACCCGGACUCACCGGCAGAUGUCGCUGCUGCAGACCGGUACAUACAGUUCUACAUCGGCUGGUUCGCGCACCCCAUCUACUCUGCAGCAGGAGACUAUCCCGCCGCCAUGAAGGAUAUCAUUCGGGAGAAGAGCCUGGCGGAGGGUCUUCAGGAGUCUCGCCUGCCACAGUUCACACCUGCCGAGAUAGAUCGCAUCAAAGGCACAGGGGACUUCUUCGGUCUCAACCACUACACGGCACGGAUCAUUCAGAACAGGGUGGACCCUACAGAUACACCAGGCUACUCGAACGACAGGAAUCUGUCCGAGAGCACGGCGCCCGAGUGGCCGAGGGCCGCGUCCGAGUGGCUGUAUGUCGUGCCCUGGGGACUCCGCAGACUGCUCAAAUUCAUCAAGUUGAACUACGGUGAUCCUGACGUGUUCAUCACGGAGAACGGGCGGUCGGAUCAUGACGAACAGCCGCCCGUCAUGGAGGACGCGGACCGCAUCUGCUACUACAUGGGCUACAUCGACGAGGUUCUCAAAGCCAUCGAAGUAGAUGGGGUAAAAGUUCGAGCCUACACCGCCUGGUCCCUGAUGGACAACUUCGAGUGGUCUCGCGGCUACACCGAACGGUUCGGGCUGCACUACGUCAACUUUACCGACCCGCGCCGGCCUCGAGUGCCCAAAGAGUCCGCUGGUUUCUACAGCGACAUCAUCGCCAAUAACGGGUUCCCCGAGGGAGCAGACGUCACUACGAUGGUGCGGAGUAGGUGGGAGGGGUGUCGGGGAGGGCCGGCGGGCUGGGCGGCAGCAACUCGCGCCAACAUAGGGGUGUUAGGUCUGUCAGUCAUGGUUGCGAUUAUCUUUACUAUUUUCAAGGUGGCACAAAACUGUGUAUCCCUGCCCUCUUUUAGGUUGUUACAAAGCUAUCUUGGUACCGCAGGCCUGACGCGAGUCCUAGUAAAGAUGUCGGGUACAAUGCUGGGUCUAUUUGCCACGUCCUUGCUCCUUGGACUUGUUUGGGGUGCUGAGUACAAUUAUGGCGCGUACGAUCACAGCAGAGAUGCGUUCAGGCCGGGCAGGUUUCCCGACGGCUUCAUCUGGAGCACGGCCACGGCGUCCUACCAGAUCGAGGGCGGCUGGGAAGCGGACGGCAAAGGUGAGUCCAUCUGGGACAGGUUCUCCCACACACCUGGUAAGGUAGACCGUGGGGACACCGGAGACGUGGCCUGUGACAGCUACAACAAGUACCGAGAAGACGUGCAGCUCAUGACGGACCUGGGCCUGAAGUACUACCGCUUCUCUCUGUCAUGGACCCGUAUCUUCCCCGAUGGCACCUUAGCAAGCGGACCCAAUGAAGCUGGAGUUGCGUACUACAAUAAUCUCAUCGACGAACUAGUGCGUAACGGCGUGACCCCGAUGGUGACACUUUACCACUGGGACCUUCCGCAAAACCUACAGGACACGUACGGAGGAUGGGUGAGUCAAGGCAUCGUCAAGCACUUCAACGACUACGCGACCUUCGCGUUCCAGACUUUCGGGGACAGAGUGAGGUACUGGAUCACGUUUAACGAGCCCUGGGUGGUGUGCUACAUCGGGUACGGGACAGGAGAGCACGCUCCGGGGAUACAGGACGAGAGAAACUCCACUUACCUCUGCGGGCACAAUAUACUCAAGGCCCAUGCCAAUGCGUGGCACACCUACGACACAGGCUUCAGGCAGAGUCAGGGUGGGCAGGUCGGCAUCACCCUCAACUCGGACUGGGCGGAACCCCGGGACCCUGACCUGGACGCAGACGUCAUAGCCACCGACCGGUAUCUGCAGUUCUAUCUCGGCUGGUUCGCCAACCCCAUCUACAGCGUCGGGGGCGACUAUCCCGUCGUUAUGAAGGAGGCCGUGCUGGCGAAGAGCCAGGCGGAGGGCUUGCGCGAGUCUCGCCUGCCACAGUUCACUCAAGAAGAAGUCGAGUACAUCAGAGGAACCUCCGACUUCUUCGGACUGAACCAUUACACCACACGGAUCAUAGCGGAUAACGUGGUCGUCGGGGCGGCACCAGGGUAUGCGAACGACAGAGACAUCGCGCAGUACACGGCACCCGAAUGGUCCAGGGCUGAGUCGGAGUGGCUGUAUGAAGUUCCAUGGGGACUCCGUAGGCUGCUCAACUUCAUCAAGCUCAACUAUGGCGAUCCGGAGGUGCUGGUAACCGAGAACGGCCGGUCUGACGGUGACGUAACGCCCCCUCUUAUGGUCGACACGUGCCGCAUCUGUUACUACAUGACAUACAUCGACGAAGUUCUGAAGGAACGUCGAUUUCGCGUGUCUAACACCCUAGCCAUCGACCUGGACGGAGUGAAGGUUCGGGCCUACACCGCCUGGUCCCUGAUGGACAACUUCGAGUGGGCCCGGGGCUACACCGAGCGGUUCGGACUGCACUAUGUCGACUUCAACGACCUCAACCGACCCCGAACGCCCAAGGAGUCCGCCGGAUUCUUCAAGGACGUCAUCGCCAAUAACGGCUUCCCUGAGGGGGCAGAUGUCACCAGGAUGGUCCAGGACAUGUGGAGAGAUUGCAGGGGAGCUGGGGCAAAAAGUCAUGCUGACAUCGCGCUCUUAGCUCUAGCAUUCAUCAUAACUGCCAUGUAUAACCUUGUCUACAUGAAAACAAUACUGAGCGUUACUGUUAGUUUAACCUUGCCGCUGUCAACAUGGUCAUUUCAGCUCUUAGCAGCAUUGAGAGGGGACAGGAUGUCGGUUACCAUGCUGGCUCUACUUGUCGCGUCUUUUCUGACGGGACCAGUUUGCGGUGCCGUGUACGACUACGGUGCGUACGACCCAACUAGGGACGCAUUUAUGCCAGGACAGUUUCCCGACGAUUUCUUCUGGAGCACAGCCACCGCUGCUUACCAGAUCGAGGGCGCAUGGAACGUCAGCGGCAAGGGUGAGUCCAUCUGGGACAGGUUCUCCCACACACCUGGUAAUGUGCAGCGAGAAGAUACCGGAGACGUGGCCUGUGACAGCUACAAUAAGUACCGAGAAGACGUGCAGCUCAUGGCGGACCUGGGCCUAAAAUUCUACCGCUUCUCUCUUUCCUGGACCCGCAUAUUUCCUGACGGUACUCUUGCAGGGGGUAUCAACCAAGCUGGAGUCGACUUCUACAAUAACGUCAUAAAUGAGCUCAUCGCAAACGGCAUCACCCCGAUGGUGACACUUUACCACUGGGACCUCCCGCAGGCCCUACAGGACAGGUACGGAGGGUGGGUCAGCGAGGAGCUCGUAGAACACUUCAAAGACUACGCCACCUUCGCGUUCCAGACUUUCGGGAACAGAGUGAGGUAUUGGAUCACGUUUAACGAGCCCUGGGUGGUGUGCACUGCUGGCUACGGGUCGGGAGGCCACGCCCCCGGCAUACAGGACUCAGGGAACUCCACCUACCUCUGUGGACACACUAUCAUAAAGUCUCACGCCAGUGCGUGGCACAGCUACGACCAGAACUUCCGCCGGGACCAGGGAGGACAAGUCAGCAUCACGCUCAGCUGCGGCUGGACCGAGCCGUUCGACCCGGACCUCCCGGCUGAUGUCGUCGCUGCCGACCGCGACCUUCAGUUCCAGAUGGGCUGGUUCGCUCACCCGAUCUACACUUCAGAAGGCGACUAUCCUCCUGCCAUGAAGGAUAUCAUAUUGCAGAAGAGUCUGGCGCAGGGUUUCCAGGAGUCCCGUCUGCCACAGUUCACCCCAGCCGAGAUCGCCUAUAUCAGGGGUACCUACGACUUCUUCGGGCUGAACCAUUAUUCAUCAGGGAUAGUGAAGGAUAAGGUCUCAACCGGACAGGACCCUAAUUUCUGGACCGACCAGGACUUGGAGUCCACCGUGGCGCCCGAGUGGCCCCAGGCGGCUUCCAGUUGGCUCUACUCCGUGCCGUGGGGGAUCCGCAGGCUGCUCCACUACAUCAAGCAAAACUACAAUGAUCCCGACAUCUACAUCACCGAGAACGGCUGGUCUGAAGAAGAGGCGGAUCCGCCCAUCUUGGAGGACACGGGCCGCCUCUGUUUCUACAUGGGGUACAUCAACGAGGUUCUGAAAGCUAUCGACCUGGACGGAGUGAAGGUUCGGGCCUACACCGCCUGGUCCCUGAUGGACAACUUCGAGUGGGCCGAGGGCUACACGGAGCGGUUCGGGCUGCACUCCGUGAACUUCACCGACCCGAACCGGCCCAGGACACCCAAGCAGUCCGCCGGAUUCUACAAGGACGUCAUCGCCAAUAACGGCUUCCCCGAGGGAGCAGAGGUAACUACGAUGGUGCGGAGUAGGUGGGAGGAGUGUCGGGGAGGGCCGGCGGGCUGGGCGGCAGCAACCCGCGCCAACGUCGGGCUCUUAGCUCUCUGCUUCCUAGUCACCGCGAUGCACAACUUUCUAAACAUCGGAGACAUGAUGGUAACUAUCAUACUGGCUCUGUUCGCAACGACCCUUAUACAAGGGAUGGUUUGUGGUGCCGUGUACGACUAUGGCGCGUACGACUCAACCAGAGACAACUUUAGACCAGGUACGUUUCCUGACGACUUCAUCUGGAGCACGGCCACGGCGUCCUACCAGAUCGAGGGCGCAUGGAACGUGGACGGCAAAGGUGAGUCCAUCUGGGACAGGUUCUCCCACACACCUGGUAAGGUAGACCGUGGGGACACUGGAGACGUGGCCUGUGACAGCUACAACAAGUACCGAGAAGACGUGCAGCUCAUGAAGGCCAUGGGUCUGAAGUACUACCGCUUCUCUCUGUCAUGGCCGAGAAUCUUUCCGGACGGUACUGUAGCGGGCGGUGUUAAUCAAGCUGGAGUCGACUACUACAAUAACGUCAUAGACGAACUGCUCGCAAACGGCAUCACCCCGAUGGUGACACUUUACCACUGGGACCUCCCGCAGGCCCUACAGGACAGGUACGGAGGAUGGGUGAACGAGACGCUUGUAGAUCACUUCAACGACUACGCGGAUUUCGUGUUCCAGACUUUCGGGGACAGAGUGAGGUACUGGAUCACGUUUAACGAGCCCUGGGCGGUGUGCGUGGUUGGGUAUGGUUUGGGAUUCCACGCUCCCGGCAUACAAGACUCAGGAAACUCUACUUAUCUCUGCGGACACACUCUGUUGAAGGCCCAUGCCAGAGCGUGGCACAGCUACGACCAGAACUUUCGCCGGGACCAGGGAGGACAAGUCAGCAUCACGCUCAGCUCCGGCUGGACCGAGCCGUUCGACCCGGACCUCCCGGCUGAUGUCGUCGCUGCCGACCGCAGCCUCCAGUUCCAGAUGGGCUGGUUCGCUCACCCGAUCUACACUUCAGAAGGCGACUAUCCUCCUGCCAUGAAGGAUAUCAUCUUGCGGAAGAGUCUGGCGCAGGGUUUCCAGGAGUCCCGUCUGCCAAAGUUCACCCCAGCCGAGAUUGCCAACAUCAGCGGUACCUACGACUUCUUCGGGCUGAACCAUUAUUCAUCUGGGAUCGUGAAAGACAAGGUAUUAACCGGUCAGUACCCUGUUUUCUGGACCGACCAGGACUUGAAGUCCACCGUGGCGCCCGAGUGGCCCCAGGCGGCUUCCAGUUGGCUCUACUCCGUGCCGUGGGGGAUCCGCAGGCUGCUCCACUACAUCAAGCAACACUACAACGAUCCUGACAUCUACAUCACCGAGAACGGCUGGUCUGAAGAAGAGGCGGAUCCGCCCAUCUUGGAGGAGACUGGCCGCCUCUGUUUCUACAUGGGGUACAUCAACGAGGUUCUGAAAGCUAUCGACCUGGACGGAGUGAAGGUUCGGGCCUACACCGCCUGGUCCCUGAUGGACAACUUCGAGUGGGCCGAGGGCUACACGGAGCGGUUCGGGCUGCACUGCGUUAACUUCACCGACCCGAACCGGCCCAGAACACCCAAGCAGUCCGCCGGAUUCUACAAGGACGUCAUCGCCAAUAACGGCUUCCCCGAGGGAGCAGAGGUCACCGCGAUGGUGCGGAGCAGGUGGGAGGAGUGUCGGGGAGGGCCGGCGGCAGCAACCCGAGCCAACGUCGGGCUCUUAGCUCUCUGCUACCUAGUCACCGCGAUGUACAACUUUCUGACAACAUCGUGUUGUGCCGUGUACGACUAUGGCGCUUACGACGCGACGAGAGACAGCUUCCUUCCAGGCCGUUUCCCAGACGGGUUCAGCUUCAGCACUGCCACCGCCGCUUACCAGAUCGAGGGCGCCUGGAACGCCAGCGGCAAAGGUGAGUCCAUCUGGGACAGGUUCUCCCACACACCUGGUAAGGUAGACCGUGGGGACACUGGAGACGUGGCCUGUGACAGCUACAACAAGUACCGAGAAGACGUGCAGCUCAUGAAGAACAUGGGCCUGCAGGAUUACCGUUUGUCUCUGUCAUGGCCGCGGAUCUUCCCUGACGGUACUCGGGCAGGGGGCGUCAACCCAGACGGAGUCAACUACUACAAUAACGUCAUAGACGAACUGCUGGCAAACGGCAUCACCCCGAUGGUGACACUUUACCACUGGGACCUCCCGCAGGCCCUACAGGACAGGUACGGAGGGUGGGUGAACGAAACGCUGGUGGAUCACUUCAACGACUUUGCAGCCUUCGCGUUCCAGACUUUCGGGGACAGAGUGAGGUACUGGAUCACGUUUAACGAGCCAAAGCCAGUGUGCAACAAGGGGUACGAGACCGGGACGCGCGCUCCAGGUGUGCGGGAUCUGACCUUACUCUCUGCCUACAGGUGUGGCCAUACCAUCAUCAAGGCCCAUGCGAGGGCGUACCACACAUACGACAGAGACUUUAGAUCAACUCAGGGAGGGAUUGUAGGAAUCACCCUGAACUUGGACUGGGCGGAACCUCGUGACCCUGACCUCCCUGCAGACGUCCAGGCCACGGACCGCUACAUGCAGAUCUACAGCGGCUGGUUCGCCCAUCCCAUCUACGUGGACGGCGACUAUCCACCGUUCAUCAAGGAAGGGUUGCAACAAGUCGGCUUGGCCAAUCCAGGGGAAACUGUCCCGGAAUUCUCCACUGAGGAUGCGGCCUACAUUGCCGGUACGGCAGACUUCUUCGGCUUGAACCACUACAAAACGCGAAUCGUCACCAGCAGGGACGUCACUGUCGGCACAGCAGGCUACACCUUUCGUGACACGAUCGAGGCGACGGUAGCUCCGGAGUGGCCGCAGUCUGCCUCCAGCUGGCUGUACGUGGUGCCCUGGGGGCUCCGCAGGCUGCUCAAGCACAUCAAGCAAACCUACGGUGAUCCUGACGUGUACAUCACUGAGAACGGCCGGUCAGAUCCCGACGUACAGCCGCCCAUCCUGGAGGACACGGAUCGCGUCUGUUACUACAUGACGUACAUCGACGAGGUUCUGAAGGCUAUAAAAGACGACGACGUCAAGGUGAAGUCGUACACCGCCUGGUCCUUCAUGGACAACUUCGAGUGGGACAAGGGUUACACGGAGCGGUUUGGGCUCAUCUACGUCAACUUCACCGACCCGAACCGGCCAAGAACACCGAAGAGAUCGGCCGGCUUUUACACCGAUAUCAUCGCUAGUAACGGUUUCCCCGAGGGAGCAGAGAUCACCAAGAUGACCAGAGACAUGUGGGAGGAGUGUCGGGGAGGGCCGGCGGGCUGGGCGGCAGCAACUCACGCCAACGUCGGGGUCUUAACUCUCUGCUUUCUUGUCACCGCAAUGUACAACUUUCUGAACAUGAAUGUAGCUCAGAGGUCAGAGUUCUCCAACGACUCGGCGGGACGUCGGUGUGUUAAGUCGAAAAUUGUCGAUCUAAAGUUUAGUUCUAUAUUUCGUGAUAGCGGGUUCAAGAUGAUGAUUUUAUGGACCUUCUAUGCCCUGUUGAGCACAACAUGUGGUGCUGAGUAUGACUACGGCGCAUACGACUCAACCAGGGACGAUUUCAGACCUGGUACGUUUCCUGACGACUUCAUCUGGAGCACGGCCACGGCAUCCUACCAGAUCGAGGGCGGCUGGAACGCCAGCGGCAAAGGUGAGUCCAUCUGGGACAGGUUCUCCCACACAACUGGUAAGGUAGACCGCGGGGACACCGGAGACGUGGCCUGUGACAGCUACAACAAGUACCGAGAAGACGCGCGGCUCAUGAAGGACCUGGGCCUAAAAUUCUACCGCUUCUCUCUGUCAUGGCCGCGAAUCUUCCCCGACGGUACUGUAGCGGGCGGUGUCAAUCAAGCUGGAGUCGACUACUACAAUAACGUCAUAGAUGAGCUCAUGGCAAACGGCAUCACCCCGAUGGUGACACUUUACCACUGGGACCUCCCGCAGGCCCUACAGGACAGGUACGGGGGGUGGGUGAACGAAACCCUGGUGGAUCACUUCAACGACUACGCCUCAUACGUCUUCCAGGCAUUUGGAGACAGGGUGAGGUUCUGGCUGACAUUCAACGAACCAAAGGUCGUGUGUGAUAACGGCCACAUUACCGGGGAACACGCCCCGGGCAUACGGGACCCCACCCUGCUGACCGGGUAUCGUGCUGGACACACACUUCUAAAGGCCCAUGCGAGGGCGUGGCACACUUACGACCGGAACUUCAGACAAGCUCAGGGCGGACAGGUGGGAAUCACCCUGAACUUGGACUGGGCGGAGCCUCGUGACCCUGACCUCCCUGCAGACGUCCAGGCCACGGACCGCUACAUGCAGAUCUACAGCGGCUGGUUCGCCCAUCCCAUCUACGUGGACGGAGACUAUCCACCAUUCCUCAAGGACGAACUACAGAAGCUUGCCCAGGCGAACCCAGGAAUCAACUCGCUGCUGUUCACUCCAGAGGACAGGGCCUACAUCUUAGGAACGUCUGACUUCUUCGGCUUGAACCAUUACGUCACUCGUGUCGUCGCAAACAGAGAUAUCGUUAUCGGCUCUGGCCAAACGUUCCGCGACACAUUUGAAGCCACGGUAGCGCCGGAGUGGCCCCGUGCGGAGUCUGCCUGGCUGUACGUGGUGCCCUGGGGGCUCCGCAGGCUGCUCAAGCACAUCAAGAUCAGGUACGGUGACCCUGACAUAUACAUCACGGAGAACGGCCGGUCGGACGGAGACGUACAGCCGCCCAUCCUGGAGGACACUGAGAGAGUCUGCUACUACGCGGGGUACAUCGACGAGGUCUUCAAGGCUAUCUACGAAGACGGGGUAAAAGUGAAGUCGUACACCGCCUGGUCCUUCAUGGACAACUUCGAGUGGGCCCGGGGCUACACCGAACGGUUCGGACUGCACUAUGUCGACUUUACCGACCCCAACAGACCCCGAACUCCCAAGAAGUCCGCCGGAUUCUACAAGGACAUCAUCGCCAAUAACGGUUUCCCUGAGGGGGCAGAGGUCACCAGGAUGGUUCAGGACAUUUUUCCUGACGGUUUUAUUUGGAGCACGGCAACCUCGGCUUACCAGAUCGAGGGUGGCUGGAACGCGGACGGCAAAGGUGAGUCCAUCUGGGACAGGUUCUCCCACACACCUGGUAAGGUAGACCGUGGGGACACCGGAGACGUGGCCUGUGACAGCUACAACAAGUACCGAGAAGACGUGCAGCUCAUGAAGGCCAUGGGUCUGAAGUACUACCGCUUCUCUCUGUCAUGGCCGCGGAUCUUUCCCGACGGUACUGUAGCGGGCGGUGUCAAUCAAGCUGGAGUCGACUACUACAAUAACGUCAUAGACGAACUGCUCGCAAACGGCAUCACCCCGAUGGUGACACUUUACCACUGGGACCUCCCGCAGGCCCUACAAGACAGGUACGGAGGGUGGGUGAACGAAACCAUGGUGCAAAUCUAUAACGACUAUGCAUCAUUUGCCUUCAAGAGCUUUGGGGACAGAGUCAAACUAUGGUUAACCUUUAACGACGCGAAAAUAUUGUGUAACGAUGGCUACUUCAACGGUCAGCAUGCUCCAGGCAUACGAGACCCAAGUACUCUGUCCAGCUACCUCUGCGGACACACUAUCCUGAAGGCCCAUGCCAAGGCGUGGCACACAUACAACACCUUCUACAGAGCAAGUCAAGGCGGGAAAGUCGGCAUAACCGUCAGUCUGGAUUGGGCAGAGCCACAGGACCCCAGCCUUCCGGCCGAUGUCGCAGCUGCAGAUUACUACAUGCAGGUCUCUAACAGCCAGUUCGCACAUCCCAUCUAUGUCAACGGUGACUACCCGCCUGAUUUCAAAGUUCUGGUCCAGAAACUCAGGCAGGCAUUACCAGAUAAAAACGUCCCGGACUUUUCCGACGAAGAGAAGGCCCUUAUUCGUGGCUCGUCGGACUUCUUCGGCCUGAACCAUUACACUAGCUGUCUCGUCGGACACAGGGACACACCUGCUGGGAAGGGGCCUUUGGACAACAUCAACAUCACAAGGUCCCCGGAGUGGCGGCGUGCUGCGUCUGACUGGCUGUACGCUGUGCCGUGGGGAAUGCGUCGGGUGCUCAACUACAUUAAGGAAAAGUUUGGAGAUCCCGAGGUGUACAUCACAGAGAACGGUUGGUCUGACAGUGACGUACAGCCACCCAUCAUGGAGGACGCGGACCGCGUCUGUUACUACAUGACAUACAUCGACGAGGUAUUGAAGGCUAUCAACUAUGACAAGGUGAGGGUUCGAGCCUACACUGCCUGGUCCAUCAUGGACAACAUGGAGUGGGAAGCUGGCUACACUCAACGCUUCGGAAUGCACCAUGUUAACUUCAUCAACCCAAACAGGUUUCGGACACCCAAGCAGUCUGCCAAGUUCUACAGGGACAUCAUCGCCAACAACGGCUACCCUGAGGGAGCGGAGGUCACCAAGAUGGUCCGGGAAAUGUGGGGAAAAUGUUGGAAUGGCAGUGUUGUCAUAGACGAGCUGUAGGGUAUCAUUUUAGCUGCAAUUGUUGUAUAAUGGAAGCGUGGUAUUCAAUCAUAUUAUAGCUCCAGAGUCUCUUCUGUCCUCUCCCUACGAUCCAUAGUUUAGCUAAUCAGAGUUGUGAUUUGGUAUUUUUUUGUGAGACGUCACGAGCCAGCACGGGUACAGGAGAGUCCUAGCCUGGUAUCCAGUCGUAUUAUAGCUCCUGAGUCUCUUCUGUCCUA